GGACCCCGGGUCGGUGUAGGAACUCGGAAGGAUGAGACACCGACUGAUGCUGAUCUUUCCCGCCCUCACCCUCCUGGCGGUGGGCGUGUGGGGCCACGGGCGGCUGAUGGACCCGCCCGCGAGGAACGCCAUGUGGAGGCUGGGCUACCCGAACCCCGUCAACUACAACGACAACGAACUCUACUGCGGAGGAUUCGUGGUCCAGUACCAGCAGAACGACGGAAUGUGCGGCGUCUGUGGCGAUAACUACGUCGACGAUAUCCCACGACCUCACGAAGCAGGCGGUCUCUAUGCUAACGGGAUCAUUGGCAGGAGAUAUGUGGCUGGGCAGGUCAUUAACAUCGAGGCUGACCUGACCACAAACCAUAAGGGCUACAUGGAGGUUAGACUGUGCCCGAAUAACGACCCUAGGAAGAUUAUCACUGAAGACUGCCUUAAUCAGUACGUCCUCCCUCUCGAAGACACGCAUGAGACACGUUUCGUCAUUCCUCAAGACAGCAAGAAGUCAGAGAUCUUCAAGUGGCGCGUCAAGCUGCCGGAGGGAGUGACCUGCAGCCACUGUGUCCUCAGGUGGAAGUACUUCGCAGGCAACACCUGGGGCGUGAACCAGGAGGGCCUGGAGGGCGUGGGACAAGGCCCCCAGGAGACCUUCAUCAACUGCGCCGACGUCGUCAUCAACACGCAGACGGGAGGCUUCGCAGGAUACCCGCAGGAGAGCAACCAGAUCGACAACCCCUGGGCCCUCUACUUCAGGGACAGCUUCCCGGGGGUUCCUCAAGAGCCCAAGGACCAGCGACAGACUCAACCCGGAGGGUCUGCAAAGGUACUUGUUGUUCGCGAAGAGUCGCAGGUGUGUCUCCCCAUUGACCCCAUGAGAGAAGUUCCUCAGCUACAGGAAUGGUGCAAGACGAACUGCCUCAUGUACCCCCCCAACUGCGACCCGACGAUCUGUGUCUGUGUGAACGAAUGCGAAGCUAUUGGGGAGUUCGCCAAGCAACCGGGGGCAGAUAUUUACUGCCACCAGAACUGCCUGAAGAACCCCCCCGUUUGCCCCAAAGAUCGGUGCAAAUGCUUCUGCCCCUAA